GAAGCCGUUGGGGACUGACAACGGUCGGGCUCCUACUAUGCUGAGAUGGCAGCUAAGCAUUUGUACACUCGUGAGCUGCGAAUAAAACAUGCCAUUCAGAUUUUGGGUUUGAUUUAGCGCAACGGCAAGUGGUUUCGCGCGUAAGCGGCGAUUUCCCCGGUGAGGAAUCGCUCGUGGUGCUGAACUGCUACAGUUCCAGUAGGAAGGCUGAGCACGGGGAUUUCCUCGCCUGCUUGUUUUGUAAGCGGGGAGUUGUUUGCCACUUUCACAAGCAGGCGUUGAGAGGUCGGAGACAGAGCCGUGGAAUGACAAAACUGUGUACCUGGUUGCUUUUGUGAUACAUAGUUUGCCAAGACGUCGCGUGUCCACUGUAUGACAGCGCUUCUUGGUGGCUUGUCAACUCAUGCGCUUCUUGCUGUUCAAACCUGCUGCUUCAUCACCUCGUUGUGAAAAGGAGCAAGCGCGAGCCGAGGCAGCGGUUUAGCGAGACCAGACCAACCAGCAGUACAGGUGGACGCGGCUCUCGUGGCAUGACUACCAUAAACAAGGGAAACAAGGCCUUGAAGGUGAAGCGGGAGCCAGGGGAAAAUGGCACCAGCCUGACCGACGACGAGCUGGUGACCAUGUCAGUACGGGAGCUGAACCAGCAUCUACGGGGCCUGACCAAGGAGGAAAUCCUUCAGCUAAAGCAGCGGCGGCGUACCCUGAAGAACCGGGGCUAUGCUGCCAGCUGCCGGGUGAAGCGUGUCACCCAGAAAGAGGAGCUGGAGAAGCAAAAGGCUCUGCUGCAGAAGGAAGUGGACAAGCUGGCCACAGAGAAUGCCAGCAUGAAGGUGGAGCUGGACGCUCUGCGUUCAAAGUAUGAGGCCCUCCAGAGCUUUGCUAGGACUGUGGCCCGCAACCCUGUCACCUCAGCCAGGGGACCUAUGGCCUCUGUCAUAGGACCCCUCAUCCCUGGUAAAGUAGGUGCCACCAGCGUCAUCACCAUCGUCAAAUCCAAAACGGAGGCUAGGUCGUAGUAGCAGAAAGGGCGGGAGGAAGUUUUUCAAGACUAAACUAGUCAGUGCAUUGUAACAUGCCACAGGACUACCUGUGUAAGUUCUCGGUUUUAACCCUGGAUACUAACACUAACAAUAUGCUUCCCAAAUUCACUUUUAAAGCAUGACUCAGCAGUCUGUACCUGUCAACAGACAUAUUGUGCUUUAAAGUGACACAGUCAAAUUGUACAAUUUAGGACAUCACAGUUGGUUGUUGAAGAAUGGCGACAUAUUGGCAAUACUGAAACAUUUCAUUUAAUUGUGGAGGACUACAGCUGGAAAGUAGCAUAAUGCUAAAUCUGGUGCAGCCAUCUUUUUAAUGUAACUGCACAUUGGCCUGCUAAAUAAACUAAACUAAAAAGCAGAUAGUGGUUACAAAAACUCAAGACGGCAAUAUUGGGUAUAAAAAGUACAAAGUGGAAUUAAAUCCAGACUGUUAAAUAGAUGGUUGAUUUUUGAUAAGGUACUGUAUGUGAUGUGUCCGUUUCUUUAAGACUGAGCUCUUAAGACUUUUCCGUCCUAAGAAUUGGCAUUUGUGAAGUCUCUCAACCAGUGAAAUAAUAUGUUUCAGACGUUAGUCCUCGCCCCUGAACCACUUUGGUUGUUAUUAUGCACUGACUUAAAUUUGGAUAAAUGAUAACGGUCACAAACUCUUGGCGUGUAUGCUCCAAAUGUCUUCAUAACAGCCUGCUAACCCAAAACUAGUACAUUUUUGUCGGUCGCCUGUCAAGAAUAUAAGUCUGAAAUAAUGCUCCCAAAUCUAGCAUUGAUUUCUGUUUAUCUGUGACAGGCUUUAUUGAACUUGUCAUUAUCAAUAUGACUGGUAGAUGCAAUAAUAUACGUAUGCACUGAAAAUACAAAGAAGUCUUGCAUAUUUAUGGUUAAGUGGAAAUGUUAAAAAUGAUCAGCAGUUCUUAAUGAUAUUGUUCCAGAGCUGAGUGCCAUUCCAAUAUGACAAGAUUCUUUUACAAUAGCUGAAUACCUGAAUGUUAUAACAGUAAUAUCCUCAUGUUUUGUGGGGACAGUGAAAUCCACAAACAUUUUGAAACAUCAUUUUUGCUCAUAGAGAAAAAAUGUUUCAAGUUGUUUUGUUUUAAAAUAUAUACAUAUUGCAUUUUUUGUAAUUACUUGUUGACAGGGGCCGUCAGAUAUUUCCAAAAGAAAAUCUUUACACAAGCUUUACUGUUUGAAUUGUUAAGGUGUAGAAAACUUUGUCUAUCGUUGAGUUCUUGGUUUUUAAUACUAGCUAGAUUACCUUCCAUUGUUUAUAGAAAUACAGAUAAAGAAAACAUUAAAAAAAAAUAUCCUGUGACAUCUUUUUUGCAAUUGUACCGAAAGUGGCUUACUAUUGAAGUCUGAUAGCUUUUUUCUAGUGACUAGGCGCGUACUGUGGGGUAGCGCGUGACGUGAUGUGUAAGUGACAAGUUGGCAGUGUUGUUCACUGUAUAGAUGUCAAUGCUGUGCUAUUUAAAACAAAUCUGUAGAGCUAAACUAGGUGGUGUAAACAAGGUCAAUUGUCUUUGUGCGUAAUUGGCAUCUGUGAUAUCCUCCGCUUCCUUGGUGUUAGUUACAAAUCAUGUUGUGUCAUUAAGAGUUUACCCCAUUGAGCCAUGUAAGACAGAAUUGGGUGAAAUGGAUUUCGUGACUUUUACUGAAGCUUAAAGUGAUACUGUCAUUGCGGAAUCUGAAUAAGGGUUGCACCUGGUGCUGGAUGCCCUCUAAACACAUCCUCCGUAACCUGCAGGUAAAUGACUUCAUUGUUGGGAAGAUUUCACUAUAGUAUCCAUUUCAGCCACUUAAUUGGUCGGAAUUAGAUCAUAGGAAUAUCAAUUAAUAACCCUUCAAAUUUAGCUUUUGACAGAAUAAAAUGUGAAGUUAAGUGUUUUUCCCCUCCAGUUGUUGUUGAGAAACUUUCUCAAGACUAUGGCGAUAAAAUUGCAUCAAGAAACGGUAACCGCCAAAUGGUGCAGCAUCACUUGUGUAAAUUUGAUUUGGUCUUCAGACUGUCGGAUUAAAAGCGGGAGGGUUUGGCUGAGGGUUUGUAUGCACUAAGCUCCUGCUUGUUUUGCUCAGGACAAAACAGGUCACUCUAAAAAUGAACAAACCAUUCUAGUUGAGAAGCAGGGAGGCAGGGAUGGCAGCUCUGCUCAUGUUUUUCCUCCCUCUUUUUUUAAUUUUUUUUUAUUUUUAUGAUAAGCAUGUCAUAAAGGGCUUCAAUCCGCAGUCAGACAUAGCAAGACCACGUAGAAUUACAAUCAUAAACUGCUGCCAGCAACGCUCCUUCUGUGCCAAGUGUCUCAUCACUCUCCUGGCCCUCUAAAAGGGAAUGUAACAGUGGAGCAGUUUUACACCUCAAGCUGAAAGUAGUUGUGUAAUGGUAUUAACAGAAUGCACUUAAUCUGGAUCUCACUUUCCUGCUGGUCAGAAUGUCUUAUAGUGUCGGCCAGGUGUUAAUCUACAGUCAGUCUCAAAACUAUGCCUCAGCAAAACUCCAUGCUAGAGACCUGGGUGCUGGUUAUACUGGUUAUACUGUCUGUGUGCAAAGGUUCCUAUCCUCAACAUGCUUAGCUAUGUACAUUGACUGGUUAACUGUGGGAAAAUAUAUAUCUGACUCUUGACAUAGCCCAGUAUUGAUGUUGGCGUCCUUAUUGCUGUGGCAGUCUUGUGGAGUGAAUCUUUUUUGUGUCAAGUGUCUUUUAAGGUGUUUGAGCGGCACCGUCGACCAAUCUCUCAAUCUCCGCUAGAGAUGAGGACUCUCUUUCUCACACAUACAGGUGUAUAGUAUGUAGCUACAGUAGGUAUUAAUGACCAUUGUGAAAAAGUGACCCUUAAUAUGCAACUCAGUGGAAAGGUGUGAAAGAGUAGAUGUAAGAGUAAUCAAUAUUGUCAAAGUGACUAUGGUCUGUUAUUUAAUCAUUCUUGCUGUUUUGUAGGUUCUUUGCAAAAUGUUUUUUUUUUAUUUUUUAUUUUGCCCUCAAAUUUUGAAUCCCUGAAUGGAAGAGCAGUUGGCCCUUGUUUAUAGUAGCUAACAUGUUAAAACUGUAAUAGUGUACAGUGUUUAAAUGGAAUCAUUGCACUCAAGCCUUACUCACCAAUUAUUCUGGUCUUAAAUUAGCUGAAUUACCGGAUCUGUGAAUUGGACUUUAAUAUCUGACUGAAAGAUAUUGCUUAUAUGUA